AUGGUGCGCGCUACACCAUCGACGGUCGCCUCGGUGCGCAUCCUCCUCGCCUCGCGCAGUGCCACCAUCGCCCCACGACGAGCGGCCGCCAUGCGCAUCAGCCCCGCUCCCUUGGCCUCAUCCAACACUCCGUCCCUCCGCGCAUUCUCCACCACCCGUCCUGCCUCCAACGCGCCCCGUUCACCCUUCGCCGUCUUCGUCGAGACCCUCAAGACCGAACUCCGCAAAAAUCGCGAGCUCCAGGAAAACAUGAAGCAAGUCUCGGGCGAUGUCGGCAAGAUGCAGGACUCUGAAACGAUGAAGCGCAUGAGGGACGCCUACGAGCGUGCGCGGAUCAUCACCUCGAUCCAGUCGAACCCGCGGUUGCAAGCUGCUGCCGAGCAACUGCGUAAGAGUGGUGGGCAAGUGGGCGAUGCUGUUGGUGCAACGCUGAGGCAGAUGGAGGAGUCCGAGCUGAUCAAAGGGUUGGGUGCGAUAAGUAAUCGUCUUGCGAGAGGGCUGGAGGAUUCCACCGCACCGAUUAGGAAUACCGAGGCGUACAAGCAGCUCUCCGAGACGCUGACAGAGGCGUUUGACGACGGUGGAUCCGCUCUGCGGAUUUACGUGGACAAGGAUAAGGACGUUGCGGAGGUGAGGCGGAUCAAGAGGGAGGCAAGGUUGCGCAAGAUUGGGAGGCCGAUGCCGAGCAAGGAUGUGGAUUCGGCGGAGGCGGCGGAGGAGGUGAUGGAGAGGUACGCGGCCAAGGAGGAGGAGAUGGCGGAAAAGGCCGAGGCCGAGGCGAGGGAGAUGAUGGAGAAGGCGGCUAGGGCGGCUGCUGCUGCCAAGGCUGCUGAAUCCGGUGCUGAGCCACCUAAGGAGGAGGAGGAGACAACAUCUGAGUCCACCACAUCAGAACAGUCGACCACGUCUGAACAGGCCACAUCCGAGCCCGACUCCAGCACAUCGACAGCUGGCCCGACCACGCCACCCAAAAAGCCCGCCGGCUUCGCCGUGCGCGUCCGCAGCGUCACGGAAAACUCCUCGGCCGGCCAAGCGCUCGUCCUCCGCCCCGAACCGGCGUACAAACAGGCCUGGUCAUCCUUCAAAUCGUCCAACCCGCUCUUCCGGCGUCUCUCCGACCUCUCGGAGGCAUACCACGAAUCCGAGAACCCCGUCAUCGAGCGUCUGCGUGGCGUCACCGACUGGUUCGGUUCCCUCUUCGACGAGAACGACUUCGCUCGUGUCACCCGUCAGAUGAAGCUCAUGGACCCAUCUUUCACGUUGGAAUCCUUCCAACGCGAGUUGCGGGAGUACGUAGUGCCCGAGCUGAUCGACGCCUACCAUGGCGCUGCUCGUCAUCUCCUGCGCCAAUGGUGCGGCGAGGCCACGUUUAAUCUGCUCAUGGCCACCGUCGACCCCUACGUCUCGAAAGGUUUCAUCCCUGAGGGAAGGUUGUUGGAUCUCAAACAGGUCGAAAUCCUUCAAGCCAAAGUGCUGGAUAACAACGUACCCGUUCUGGUCGUCAGCUUCACCAGCCAGGAGCUGAUGUUCUUCAAAGACCCCAAGACGGGCGAGGUCAAGGCAGGCAACGAGAGUCAACCCGAUCUGUGUCGCUACGCAAUGGUGCUGACGAGGGUCGAGGACGAGUUGGAUAACGAGGUCACGGGUGGGUGGAAGGUUGUUGAGCUCGCGAGGAGAGGUCAGCCUUCUUACCUCUAG